AAAGUACAAACUUUGCUUGUUGUUUCUUAUCGUAAAGCAUUUGGUCACCAUGGAGACCGUAUUGUCGGAAAUGUACAAAAAUAACAACAACAAAAAAUAAAAUAUUUUCAAAAUGAGCGAAGGAAAAUUUGUUGUCGCUAGAUUGCCACCUUUACAAGGUGCAAGGAAUAUUUCUCCCCGCAACACUGGUAAAUUUGAAGGAUUUAAUGGACCCACAUACAAAGUUGGAGGAAAUGUCCAUGUGUUACCACCACCAAAGUCAUUAAGGCCAUAUGUGGACACAAAAACUGGGGAACUGGAUGCAUGGCCAGCUCAUGCCAGUGGUCAUUCAGUCCCGACCACAUCUCUGAUGUUGACCAAGGAUAAAAGCCUGGUUCUGGUCACUGAUGAGCAGAUGGGAAAACCCAACAUGAUCCCCAAGCCAAGAUUUCUGGAUCAGCUGGAGAAUUAUCUGAAAAAAGAGUUGCGGGCCUUAGAUGUCAUGACAGUGGAACCAAAUGAGCUACGGUUGCAAGCCCACAGAGAGGUGUUUGAGUACCUGAUAGAGGACUUCAAGACCUACAAGCCCCUGCUCUCAGCCAUUAAGAACGAAUAUGAGAUGAUGUUUGCAUACCAGAGGCAGCAGAUCAGAGAGCUGGAGCCCCUCAAGCAAAUGUUGGUGACAGUGUCAGAACAGUGUGACCAGAAAAUAAUGAGCAUCCGAGAAGAAGAGAAGCAGGAAAUGACCGAUAUGAAGCAAGACAACAAACGCCUCUGUAAACGUAUUGAGGACCUAAAAAACGGGCAGAAAGAUCUCGAGACGCAGGUAGACAAGCUGCGAGACGAGCUGGCAAAUCAGUACAAGCUUUAUCGAGACGAGAAGGACGCUCGUAAACUGCUGCAAUCAGAUAUCAACGACUUGAAGUACCAGCAGGAGGAUAUCAAGAUGGCCCAGAAACAGGAGGCAGAGGAGGAGGAGGACCCUGUGAUGCUAAAAAUAGCGCUCAAGAAAGCCAGAGAGGAUGAGAAGGCAGCAACUCAGCGACUCAACGAGAUGAUUGCCAACUAUGGUGACGUUAUACCCAGGAGGGACUUUGAGGGUUUGGAGAAGAAACACAAUGAACUGCUGGAGAGUGUGGAAGUCCAGAAGAAUGACUUUGACAAACUAAGACAAGAGCAUGAGACACUUCUUGAAGUACACAAACAAGUUGUGAAACAGAGAGACGAGUUCUACACUGAGUGUGAGACACUGCGGCGCUCAUCCACACCAAGGCCAGACUGGGACAAGUGCUCAGACGCUGUUCGCGGGGGCCUGGCGCGCUGGAAAGAGCUUUCGGAGGGCAAGACGAGCAACGACCUGGUGGAUGUGCUACUCACUGAGAUGGCCUCGGGAGAGAUAGUUGACACUGGAGGGGCCGAGUACUUUGAUGGACAGGGCACUGGACCGUCUAUACCCAAGUACCUCCAGCAUGAAGGCCCAGUCAGGAACAGGCGUUUAGGCAAGAGGGAUGCAUCCCUGCUUAUCAAAGAUAUCUGGCGAGAGAAAGGCGCUCAUGAUGCAUCUAAAUCUGACGGAGUCCGUGACAAGAUGGGCAACUUCCUGUACACGUAUCUGCAGCGCAGGUUUGGGCUGGAGCAGAUGAUUGUUGAGUGGGGUUACAAUCUACAUGACGCCUGUCAAAGAUACUCCCACGACGAGCACAUUGGUCUGUUCUCUGGGGUUCUUACUGAAGAGAUUGAUGAGGAGAUCUACCACCACCAGCUGCAGUUGAUACAGAAACUCAUGAACCACCUCACCACCAUGGAUGCAAACAAGGGAAAUGUGGGAAAACUCUCCAAGGCGGACUUCAGGGAGGGCCUAGCCAGCUAUCUCUCGGGGGUUGAAGCUAACACCUUGAAUUCCAUGAUGCGCGCCGCAGAGUCAGAAAUGGACAACAAGGAUCUGGAUGAGAUUGAAUACAAGAACCUUUUCAUGGAGGAUGAUGAAGGUAGGACGGGCCCAUUCCUGGACGAGAUACGGAAGUGGGACAAUCAACAGAGGGCUGCCUAUGUGGACGAGAUUAAGACCAACCUUAAAGAGACAAACCCUGUGACUUUUCCCCAGCUGAAGGGGGCUAUCCUGCAGGCAGACAUUGAGAUAGACAGCACCAAAAUGGACAAGAUUGUUCUGUGGGUGUUCAAGACCACCGAUAUGAGUGCAGCCCAACCCAUGGAGCAGUCGGCCAUCAUUGAGAAGUUACUCAAAUGCAAUGUGUCUCGUACUGGCAGAAAACUGUAGAAAAUAUGACAGAGAUGGAAAAUUCAGAGUUUUUCUAAUAUUUAUUAUCUUUUAUUUAAGAUUGAAACAUUAUGUAAAGUUUUAAUGAAUACAGACUUGGAACAUUUUAUUGGCGAUUUUUACAAGUAACUGUUGUUUUUAUUUUUACCAAAAAAUGACUGUUGUUCAGAAAUUGCCAUUUAUGUUUUAUUUUUUCAAUAUUUUUAUACUUGUGGUGUAUUUCUUUUUAUUGAAGACUGUUUUAAAGAUAAAUUGUGACUUAUUUUUAGAUUUCAAUACAAUUAUUUGACAGAAACAAUUUGGUUCUGAGUUGGUGAAAAUGCAUUGCAAAAAGAAAUGAAAGUGGAAUCUUUAUGGAGCAUUUUUUGAUAUUCAAAUUUCAUACCUAUUAACAUCUUAGUCACAAACUUAGUGUCAGGUAAAUGUAAUUUUAUUAAUAUUCAUAUUAACUAACCAGAAAGUUCGUUGGUCAAAACUGUACAUUAAUAUAUAGCCUUUGGUAUGCGUUUAAUGUAAAUCAAAGAUUUUUAAUACUACAACAAGUUAGUCAGUUAUUCACUUGCAUAACCUUCACCUGCCCCAAAAUUGCAAGUAUUAAAAGUCAGUAUUUGGAUUAAAAUAAUAUAUAAUAGUAUGAGGGGGUAAUCUAGUAUGAAUUACUGAGGGGGUAAGCAUGUGAUACUCAAGAUGGCAGCGUCCUUGCACAGACAGAUUUUUUGUUGUUUUUUAUUACUUUUGUAUAAUUUUUAAAUGAUGCUCACUUUCCAGCUAUGUCAUUAAGGGAUUAUUGCAAUGACAUUCGGCAGCAAGUUAAGUCCAGAUAAAGAGCAAAUAUUAAUACAAUACAUGCACUUAAAUUUUUCUCGCUGAUAUGGCUGGAAAGUAAGCAGCAUUUUAAUAAUUAAUAUAAGUAAUAACGGUUAUAAAACGGCGAAACAUACCUGUCUUGGCAUGGUCGUCGCCAUCUUGUCAUGUGAUUACCCCCAUUGAAUUAGUAUUUGACCAAUAUAAAUGUUAAAUAUUAACAUAAAAGUAUUGCAAAUCAAUUCUGAUAUUUUCAUGAGAGUAUUGCUUUUUACUUUGCCAUUUGUUGCAUUUUUGGUGUUGGUCACAUAGAUCUGCAUUUAUGGUAUAGAAACAAAAACUAAACAUUCUAUUAUUGUGUGCAGCUCGUUUUUUGUCUGUGAUAUUAUUGUUGUAUUUCACCUUUGAUAACCUUUGAUACAAACAUGCAGUAACAAUGACAUCUUUCAAUGAAUAAUGAUAUUUUGUAAGUUUUAUUGAUAAGUUGGUAUUUUAAUGAUAAACCAAUUUAUAAUUGUACUGUUUUGAAGUUAUUGCCAGUUGAAAAAUAAAAUAUACUUAUUCAGA